GUUGGCUUCAGUUGUGCUCGCAGCUUGCCGCGUGUUCUCGUCCUCUUUGUGUUUUCGCUGUCGUUUGUCGUCUUUGCCGUCGCCUGAGUCAGCGUGGCGUAUGCUCAAUUUGAUCAGUAAUUAAGAUGCUGCAUUUGCCGCUAAUCGAGUGAGUGCGCAGUCGAGUCAAUGCCAAAAAUAUUAAGUGCCAUAUGAAUACACACAAAGGUGACGCCUAAGGGCUGGCGGGUUGACGGGCUGACGGUUUGAAGGUUGACGGGUUGACAGGCAACGGUUGGCGCCUCAAGCGUGUGUUUGGCAAUCGCAAGUUUUUGCCGCGCCAAGUGAAUUUCAACAAUAACAACAACAACAAAAACUUAUCCAAGCUGUAAUCAGUUUUGUCUUGCUGUGUGUGCGUGUGUUUGAGCAUGCGUAGCUCGCACGCAUGUGUGCGUAUGUCAGCGUGUGUAAUCCAAGAAAAUCUGUCACGUGCUUCGUAUAUCUCUUUGUGCAACUCCACACGCAACGUACUUAUUGAAUAAAAUAAAAGAUAAAUGCGCCCGAAAUAAACACAAAUCCAAAGGAUACGAAAUUGGCCCCAACCUGACAGAUGUUGUUUUUCAGCUGGAAUAACAACUCGUCCGCGUGGAUCAAUGUGUGCGGUCUUCGGAGUGUGAAGAACUAAAGAAAGACUUACUUACAGUGCAGCCAGUGGAGAGCUCAUAAAACUAAAAGAGACAAAAUAGAAGACAAACUAAAACAAUAACAGGCACAAACAAAUAAACAAUCGUAUGCAAAAAUUAUGAACAGUCGUCGAAGUGCGGAAGUGUGAAAAGUUUGCGCAAUAAAAUUGACAAUAAAAUCGACAAAAAAAAUCAAAGCAAAAGCGACCGUCCCAUAAAAGAUCGCCGACUCAUGCGAUUUACGUGUAUAUCUACAUAUAUAUAUUCACAGCAAAUAAUUUUUAUUUGUCAAAUUGUUUGCGCGUUAAAUUUCGUCAACGUGCGCAGAAAUCAAGAGUGAAACAAACCGAGUGGCAAAAUCCUUAACAUUUCGUAUACGCCACGUGUUCGCAGUCAGCAAAACCAACAGAAGUAGAGAUUUAUUUCGGCUAGGUGUUAAAUGCGUUUACAUAUCUCUGACGCGGCAAUUGCCGCCUUCUUUAGUACAGCGAAAUAUAAGUAAAUGUGAAAGUGCCGAGAUUCGCAUUAUUUCUGCGUAGGUGAACACAAUUAUCAGAGCUCUCAAAAAGAGGGGCGGGAGCGCAGCAUGCGCUUGUGGAAAAAUCGAUCCAAAAUGCGAAUAGCCGCAGUUGGCCGGGUGCCCAUCAGCACCACCAUUACCAGGAACACCACCAGGAGCACUAACGGAGCAACACAUAGCUCCAAGCCGCUGGCACAGCUACUUAUUGGCGGCAUUCUCUACAUGACAAUUGCAUCGCAUCCACAGAUGAGAGCAGCGGCCACAGCCACCGCCCCAGCCACAGCCGCUGCCACAGCCACGGCCAGCGGCAGUUUCGAUGAGAGCGGCGUGGACACGUCCUCGUCGGCGGCUGUUGGUUUCCCGGCUCAAGUGUCGUCCUUGCUGCCCGAGGUCGGCGCCCUGUCGGCGACCGGUGCCCUGGUGGAGCCCUAUCUGGAUGGCUAUGCCACAUCGAAUGUGACCACGCAGAUUGGCACCCAUGCCUAUCUGCCGUGUCGGGUUAAACAGCUUGGUAACAAGUCCGUAUCCUGGAUUCGUUUACGUGAUGGCCACAUACUCACGGUCGACAGAGCUGUGUUCAUUGCGGAUCAGCGCUUUCUGGCGCUCAAACAGCCAGAUAAAUGCUGGACGCUGCAAAUCAAAUAUGUUCAGGCGCGGGAUGCGGGCACCUACGAGUGCCAGGUCUCCACGGAACCCAAAGUGAGCGCGCGCGUGCAGCUGCAAGUUGUUGUUCCUCGCACCGAAAUACUCGGCGAACCGGAUCGCUAUGUCAAAGCCGGCAGCAAUGUGGUCUUACGCUGCAUUGUGCGCGGCGCCUUGGAGCCGCCAACGUUCAUCAUGUGGUACCAUGGAGCCGAGCAACUGGCUGCGGAUUCGCGUCGCCAUCGUACGCAAUUGGAUCCGAAUCUGCCAGAGGCCAGCGGUGAGGGUCAGAGCACGAUCGGCUCAUUAAUCAUCGAGUCGGCCAAGAAGCGUGACACUGGCAAUUACACUUGUAGCCCGUCAAACAGUCCCAGUGCGACGGUAACGCUCAACAUUAUAAAUGGGGAAUCAUCGGCAUCGGCUGUGACGUCAUCCGCACCCAUCACACGUGCGUACACACUGGGCAUCCUGGCAUUGCUCCUCAGCGUUAUUCUGAUAGGGGCAGGACAUCGCACAUGACAAGUUGAGGCUGGAAGCAAACAACAACCGAUAUAAGCUAAAACGAAAAGUAGCAGCAGCUACGGUUUGAAGCAAAAAUAAUAAGUGCAGCCAACAGAAAUCAUAAAUAAAUAAAAUGCAAAAUCCAGCAGUAAACUAUGCCAUACAAAAAUAUUAAAACAAAGUGCAUGUUGUAAGCUAGUUGAUUUUAUCUGCUAACUAAUAUAAUAAGCAUAAAAAAAAUUACACACGACCCAGAAAAACUGCAGAGGAAACGAAACAAAAAAAAAGUGUUUGACAAGUUAAAAAAUGCAACUAAAUUGUAAGUACUACAAGCUCUAAGCAACUAGUCAUAAAACCUUAGAGCUAAGACAAAAAUAUAAUACCUACAUGCAUGCAUUUAUAUAUAUUUAACUGAUGUGACAUUCGGUUGUCGUCUUUGUGUAUUGGCAAAUAUGAGUCUAUGUGUAUGUGUGUGUUUGCAUAAAUGCAUAAAAGUAAAUAUUUACGCAACAUCAUAUGAAAUUGCAUCGGAUAUUCUUAUCAGCCAGUGCAUGGCUUUGUGGACAGACAACGACUCCAGUUGCAAUCGAAUAAAAAAUAAAAUUUGAUAUUUGGCCAUGCAGUUGGACAACAGAAAUGAAUUUUCAUUGCAAAAUAUUUACGAGUAUGGCCAAGAGGAACAGAGAGCGGGAGGCCCGCUGCAUUAUUCAAAAGGCCAUCAAAUGGCCUUUGUGCUGUUUGUCUUAAAGAGAAUUUGCUGCAUUCCAAUUGAAAAAUUUGACAACUGAAACACAGUGAAUUUUUAUUAGACACAAAUAUAUUCAACUAAACUUUCGAAUUGAUUGAAACCUGUUCAGCAAAAUUAUUAAGAAAAAGUUGUAGUGAAAUAUACUGCAUUUUAAAUGCUUUUUCAUACAAUGCAACUGCAUUCCUAAUGUUUUAUAAAUAUCAUUUAACUUUGCUUUGUCGUAAAUCCAACGUUAUUUACAUGUGUUCUGUUCCAUAACUCAACUCAAUUUAUGUUUUGUUUGCCAGGUCAUAAAUACUUACAAUAUUUUGCAAACGUGCAAUAAAACUCAAAAAUUAACAUAAACAAAGAAUAUACAAUUUAAUAGAUAACAUUUUCAAAAUAAUUGAUUGUGAGACUCGCAUCAAUUUGUUCGUUAGCAUUAAGGUUCAACUGUAUAUACAACUGUAUUGUGGAAUGUAAAACUAGCAUGUAAAUUAAUUGAUUAUACACAUAUAAAAGCAUAUUUAAAAUAUCAUACAUACAUACGCAUAUAUGGCACACGAAGAUUUAUGCGCAGAGUAUUCAAAUUGCAUUUAAAAGGUCACGAAAAAACAACUCGCAAAGUUAAUUGAGUAAAAAGUUCAUUGUGCAAAAGCAGACGAGUUGCAUAAAUUCAUAUUUCUUUAUACACUCAACGCCAUUUGAUAAUUAUGAGAGUCAAGGCAUAGACAAAAAAAAUUUAUAAUAAUAUACGAAAAUGUAAUAACAAUUUAAUUGCGACAACAGAAAGCCAUAAAAUUACCCAGUUUAAUACAAACAAAAAAGUCGUAAGCGUUGUCUUUCAAUUGGAUUUUUUUCAGAGCGCAGCAAUUGCAAUUAAGUUGAGUACCAAAACGAGAGCCAAAUGCAAAAAAGCCAAAAAGUUUAUACGCAGACAAAACAAAAAGUGCUUAAUUGCAAUUAGUCGCUGUGCCAGAACUUAAAGUCCAAAUAAUCGAAUGUACAUUAAUUAUUUUCAAUAUAAAUAAAUGCACAUAUACACACGUGUGUGUGUGUGUGUGUGUGUACGUGUAUGUGCAUAUGUAUAUGGGCGUCACGGGGCGUAUGAGUGACCUGUCGGUCAUUAAUAAAAUCCAACCACAAGCAGCUGCGACUAAAUGAGGCAACAACACUGUGGUCAACAGCCUGUGGCGCCACACAAUUUCCUUUUCCUUUUAUUCUUUUUUUCUCUCGGCAAAUAAUCACGCAUCAAAUGUUUGCGGUCUCUGCGGUCAGCCGUCUUUGAGCUGCAGCAAACAAGUUUAAAACUUUUAACCCGUCCGUGUUUUUUAUUUCGAACAGCAAUCUGCUUUAUUAAGCCCCCAACCCCCUUUAAUUCCCACAUAUAGUUAAACUAUUUAAUCCAACAAACGUUUUAAUGUUGAGCCAUGAAUUUUAGCCCGUAAGUCGAUAGUCGUAUGAAUAGCGAUAUAAUACUAUAAAACGAAAUCAAAAUACAUUUCUAAGUCUUUAAGUGUUUUUUCAUAAAACUAAUUAAAGCGUGACCCAGCCUGGUCGCAGUUACUUAUUUAAACUAAACCCUUAAUAAUCGUAAAAACGCAAAGUAAUCGAAGCAAGGCAAAUGGAAAAUAGAAAUAAAACUAACUAAACUGAUAACUGAAUACGUUUCAGUGCAUUAGCAAAAUGUUAAACUACUUAAUUGUAAAUAUAUACAUAUAUAUAUAUAUAUAUAUAUAUAUACUUAUAUUUAUCUGUCUACAUAUGCCAUAUUGAAAGCAAGUGCAUAAUACAAAGAUACAUUUUUAAACAUACAUAUACAUUAUACAUAUACAUAUGCAGUUAUAGCGAAACUAAUGUUAAGUACCAACUAAUAACAACAAAAACAACAAGAACAACGUACUUAUAUGUAAACGAAAAUAAACUAUGUGAAAACUCUCAACGGAGAAAAUUUAUUGAAUUAAAUAAA